AUCAGUUCUUCAUAAAAAUUAUCAUUUCAUGGAGGGUGAAUGAAAAGUAAACCAAAAGUCAACAUCUGUAAAUGAUGAAAAUUAUGUCACGCCAUGAUUUAUUCAUGCUAGAUGGAAGAAACGUAUACUUGGUUUAUUUUGAGUUUCUUAUUAUUUUUAAUUUGGAAUCCUGAAUUUUGUCUGUGAAAAGUUUAAACCUUGUGUGAUAAAAUUAAGACACAAAUCAAAGUACAAUAACCAUUUAUUUUACUUUUACUUUCUUUUUUUUUUCUAAAAAAAGAGACAGCUAUACACACCAGUACACCAAUACAAAAAUAAAAAAAUAAUUAUAACCAAAAAGAAAUAAAAAAUGGACAACACACCUAAAUAUGAUAUUUUUCCCAUAACGAGUAAUAUCUUGAUUUAAUGCAUAUAUAAUGGCCAACUAAACAAUACGCAUUUAUUAACGGAAAAAAUGAAGCAAAUAGGAAUAGCUUAACAAUACGCAUUUAUUAACGUUAUGGACUGGAGUAGUCACGGAGUCAUACAAUUACCAACUGCUUCCCGACAACCCACACCGCAGCCGUGACCGUCAAAUUCAAUUCAACCUUUCUCUCUCUCUCACAUACACACACGCACGCACACUCACUACACACACAACACUGCACAAAUGUGCAUGUAUUAUACACUUGUGUGCAUAUAUAUCUCUGCUUAGUUUUACUUCUCUUGUGUCUUUUUCCUCUGACUGACACUCAGCACCAACAUUCUGCCUUCACUGAAUCACAAUGCGCCAAAGUUGCUUCUUUUUUCCAUCUACAUGGAAUUCUUGAUCCAUACGCUUUCUCCUUCGCGACCUGCUCAACUAUUUCUGCAAUGUGGAUUUUCGGUGGAUUCCUUCCAUCUUUAAAGCCAGAAUCAAGAUUGCGUAGUGGAAGCUGCAUAAAGAUAUAAUUUUUGCCAAUGGGGAGUUAAUUCAGCUUUAAAAACUCAUAAAUUCAUGAGAGUUUGAGGUGCAGUUUCUCUGAAAAUUUAGAAAUUGUUAGCGAUCUGCUUGAUUCUUGGGCUUAUUCAAAUCAGUCUGAGGUUGAGAGGUAGAAUUUUUUUGAGGUAAUUAUCAAGAAUGUCUUCAUGGGAGCAUUUUGGGGAAAUUGCCAACAUAGCCCAACUAGCGGGAUUAGAUGCGGUGAAGCUGAUUGGAAUGAUAGUGAAGGCUGCCAACACAGCAAGAAUGCACAAGCAGAACUGCAGGCAGUUUGCACGGCAUCUGAAGCUGAUUGGUAACUUGUUGGAGUCUCUGAAGAUUUCGGAGAUGAAGAAGUAUCCAGAAACUCGAGAGCCGUUGGAGCAGCUGGAGGAUGCAUUGAGGAGGUCUUACAUUCUGGUUAACAGUUGCCAGGAUCGGAGUUACUUCUAUCUGCUGGCCAUGGGAUGGAACAUUGUCUAUCAGUUCAGGAAGGCUCAGAAUGAGAUUGAUCGAUAUUUGAAGAUCAUACCUCUCAUUACCCUUGUUGAUAAUGCUCGUGUUCGGGAACGGGUUGAAAUGAUUGAAAUGGAUCAACACGAGUAUACACUUGAUGAAGAGGAUAGGAAGGUGCAAAAUGUGAUUCUCAAACGCGGACAAUCACAACAUGAUGCCAUUGUUUUGAAGAAAACCCUUUCUUGUUCCUACCCAAAUAUGCCUGUUGAUGAGGCCAUACGGAAGGAAAACCAGAAGCUUCAAUUAGAACUGCAACAUUCACAAGCUAAUUUGGAUGUUGGCCAGUGUGAAGUGAUUCAGCAUCUGCUUGAAGUUACUGAAACUGUUGCAGCUACUUCUUUGCCGGACAAAGGUUCGUUUGAGAAAGAAUCAAAGGUUGAGGAGGCUUAUGCAGAUGUCAACAAUGAAAAGCAACGUAGUUACUCUAACAACAGUGGAAAACCAGCACCUUCAAGGAACACAUCUUCUGUUUCCUCUACACAUGAGUUGCUCUCGUCUAAAGGUUCACAUGAUGAAUGGCAUUCAGAUUUACUUGGCUGCUGUUCAGAACCUCUUCUUUGCAUAAAAACCUUGUUUUUUCCUUGUGGCACAUUGUCAAGAAUUGCUUCAGUGGCAGCUAAUAGACACAUAUCCGCUGCAGAGACAUGCAACGACCUGAUGGCGUAUUCUUUAAUACUGUCGUGCUGCUGCUACACUUGUUGCAUCAGAAGGAAACUCCGGAAAGUACUCAACAUCAAGGGAGGCUUAGUUGAUGAUUUUCUGUCGCAUCUGAUGUGCUGCUGCUGUGCCCUUGUCCAAGAAUGGCGUGAAGUCGAGGGUCGUGAAGUUAAAGGUGUCGAGAAAACGGAAACAAAUCCACCAGCUAUACAAUACAUAGAAUACUAGUCGAUCAGGGUGUGUGAAAAGGCUGCGUUUUUCGGAUCGUGUGUGUAUGAAGGCAAAAACUUAAACUUGUAUGAAUUAGAACCUCCUAUUGUACAGGUAAAUGGAAUUUGCAGCCAAAUAUGGUAUUGGUAGAUGUUAUCUGCAGUUGGAUUUGUUUCUAGUUGUGCUUCAUUUCACCAUUCUGUACAGUGCUUAUUUCAACAUUACAUGUUACUAAUUCUUUCCGCUCAUAGAAUUUCUAGUUAGACUUUGAUGUUACAA